UGACAGCUCAUUGCACACCAGCUGGCCAGUUUUCCAUUGCUGUCUCUUGGGAUGUGACCUUACCACCUCUUAAACUGCACUCUAUGCCACUGGCCAGUGGACGCAGUACUGGCUCUGUCCCUGUUGUGAAAAGUGAUGAUUUUGUUGUAUACCACUUCCCACUCUCUGCCUGUGGCACCACUUUUCAGGUGACUGGAGGCCAGGCCAUAUAUGAGAAUGAGUUGCUGGCAUCCAGGGAUGUGCAGACUGGGAGACUUGGCUCUGUCACUAGGGCUAGCAUGUUCAGGUUACAUGUCCACUGUAGUUACUCCAUCACUGGGAGCUUCAUUCCGUUGAGUGUUCAGGUCUUCACACAGCCACCGCUCCCUGCUGUGUCCUAGCCAGGUCCUCUGUCCUUGGAGCUGCGUGUUGCCUCGGGAAUGAGAGAUGGAAGCUAUACUUCCUACUAUACUGACAGUAACUAUCCUGUUGUGAAGACUCUGAGAGACUCUGUUUAUGCAGAAGUCAAGAUCCUUCAGAGAACAGACCCAGACCUGUUUUUGGUCCUGCACCACUGCUGGGCCACACCAAAUGUCAGUCCCCAGCAACAGCUGCAGUGGCCUGUUUUGGUGGAUGGGUGCCCUUGCGCAGAGGACAACUAUCAGACCCAGCUAGUGCCUCUGAGUCUUGCUUCAGGACUGUUGUUCCCCUCUCCUUACCAGAGUUUCACCCUCUACACAUUCACCUUUGUGGGUUCCACUUCCCAAGAGAUGUUCUCUGGGCUG